AAAGUGGUCAAAUAUAAUCUUUUUAGGGUUAAUUACGUUCAUCUCUCUCAACCUCAAGUGCCAAAGUAGACGCCAUUCACAUCUCCAAGAAUUGAAUUUUAUGCAAAUCUCUCCUAUCUGUUCUUGAAAUAACAAUAACAGUUGCAAUAUCUUUUUUUUUGGGUUGUAUGACCAAUAUAUGUUUGUUUAGCUGGUGCAAUUUAUUUGGUUGAAGUUUUUAUGCCGACCUAAGUGAUGGCCUCCAAGAAAAUAAUUGCCAUUUGUCAAUCUGGAGGAGAAUUUGUUACCAACAAUGAAGACGGGUCUUUGACAUAUGUUGGCGGGGAAGCAUAUGCACUAGACCUCGAUAACCAGACACUUCUGAACGAUUUUAAGAAAGAAGUAGCAGAAAACUUUGAGUGUGGGACCAAUGGAAUGACGAUAAAGUAUUUUCUCCCUGGGAAUAAGAAGACUCUCAUUACAAUAUCUAAAGAUAAGGACCUCAAGCGUAUGAUCAACUUCUUCAAGGAUUCUGAACAAGUAGAGGUGUUUAUAAUUGUAGAAGAAGUUGUUGCUCGAAGUACUCCGAAUGUGUCUGCCAGUAGGUCGAGCAGGACCAACAUAUCAGAGCCUGCACAUACUCCUGCUAUCCCUGUGGAUAUGAUCCAUCCUGAUGAUCUGUUUCAAUCACCCGUUGAUACUAGUCCCGUAGGUGUUUAUCCGAGUAGCAAUGAUGAGAAGCAUCGCAGAGCAGCUAUGCAGUGGGAGAAUGCCAUUACUGGCGUGGGGCAAAGAUUUAACAGCUUUUCCGAAUUCCGUGAAGCUUUACAUAAAUAUUCAAUUGCCCAUGGAUUCACUUAUAAAUACAAGAAAAAUGAAAGUCGCAGAGUAACUGCUAAAUGCAAGUCAGAAGGUUGUGCUUGGUCGAUAUACGCAUCAAAGUUGCCUACCACCGAGCUAAUAUGUAUUAAGACGAUGAACUCAAAGCAUACAUGUGAUGGAGCUGCAGUAAAAGCUGGAUACCGGUCCACAAGGGGUUGGAUGGGAAAUAUAAUAAAGGAAAAGUUGAAGGUUGCUCCUAAUUACAAGCCUAAGGAUAUCGCAAAUGAUAUCGAGCGUGAAUAUGGCAUUCAGUUGAACUAUUCUCAGGCAAGACGUGCGAAAGAGAAGGCAAGAGAGCAGCUUCAAGGUUCUUACAGAGAGGCAUAUAGUCAGUUACCUUUAUUGUGUGAGAAAAUUAAAGAAACUAAUCCUGGUAGUGUUGCUAUAGUUUCCGCAAAGGAGGACUCGAGCUUCCAUCGUUUAUUUAUCUCGUUUCAUGCCUCGAUAUCUGGUUUUCGACAAGGUUGCCGCCCUCUUCUAUUCCUUGACAGCACGCUUCUCUAUGCAAAAUAUCAAGGAACAUUAUUGGCUGCCGUUGGUGUGGAUGGGAAUGAUGGUGUCUUUCCUUUAGCCUUUGCGGUUGUAGAUGAAGAGACAAACGACAACUGGCAUUGGUUUCUUUCGGAACUUAAAUCUGCUGUCCAAAUGUCCUGUCCAAUAACAUUUGUGUGUGAUUUCCAAAGGGGCAUAAGAGAGUCGUUGCAUGAUAUAUUUAAUGAAGAGUGUCACCACGGUUAUUGCCUGCGCUAUCUUGCGGAAAAACUGAAUAACGACUUGCAAGGACAGUUUUCUCAUGAAGCUAGACGUCUUAUGAUCCAAGAUUUAUAUACUGCUGCUUGCGCCCCGACACUCGAGAGUUUUGAGCGCUGUGCUGAGAAUAUACGAGCAAUCUCUCCCGAUGCAUACGAUUGGGUCACUGGAAGUGAGCCCGACCAUUGGGCGAAUGCUCUUUUCGGUGGAGCAAGGUAUGGUUUAUUGACAUCCAAUUUCGGGCAGCUUUUUUAUGAUUGGGUGAUGGAGGUGAAUGAGCUGCCGAUAACACAAAUGGUUGACGUAUUACGAGGAAAGAUAAUGGAAUUGAUCUAUACUAGGCGUGUUGAGUCCGAUCAGUGGGCUACGAGAUUGACACCAUUGAUGGAAGAAAAGCUUCAGAGCGAAACCUCAAAAGCGAGGUCACUUCAAGUAUUACCCUCACAUGGGAGCACGUUCGAAGUUCGUGGCGAGUCUGUUGACGUUGUUGAUAUUGAUCAAUGGGAUUGUAGUUGCAAAGGUUGGCAAUUAAACGGGAUGCCUUGCUGCCAUGCUAUUGCUGUUCUCGAAUUGAUAGGAAGGAGUCCAUAUGAUUAUUGUUCCAGAUACUUCACAACCGAGAGUUACCAUGUAACAUAUGUUGAAUCAAUUAACCCCGUCCCUAAUCUGGAAAGCCCAGCAAAUGGUGAAGUCGAUGCGGCAGUUAUUAUUACUCCCCCACCAUCCAAACGCCCACCUGGCAGACCAAAGAUGAAAAAGGUCGACGCUUUUGACAUUGUUAAACGGCAGAUGCAGUGUAGCAGGUGUAAGGGCCUAGGUCACAAUAAGAAAACAUGCGGUGCUUCGUAUUCUUGAAACAGGAAGGUAAAUAGGUUCGACGAAUCAGAUCCUCUACUCCUUACGGGCUUGGUAACCGAAGACCUUGAAGGCACAGAGUGAUUUUCGGUACCCUGUCCGCUAGUGUUAAAAGUUAAAUUGCUUAGAUACUUGCUGAUGGAAAACCUUUAGUUAGAUCUUGAGUCCAUUAAUAGAAACAUAUGUCAAUUCUUGAAGUUGGUUUCAUUAGUCAGAACUUGUCCGUUAAAGUCGUGCGCUCUGGUUUUAUUAUCGUCCCUCUCCCUUGAACAUGAAAAAUAAAAUGUUGAAUAUUAUUAAAAACAGGAAGAGUGGAUAUAACAGUAGUGUCAAAGUGAAGGCGUUUGAUA